UUCCAUGCAAAUCAAGGCAAAGCCAGUGCAAUAGCUGCAGAGCAUGGAACUAGGCUGGCUGCUGCUUCUGUAAUCUUACGACCACUGCAAGGCAUCGCAGGAAGAAGCCAGACAAAGGCAGACGGACGCGCAUACAAAAAGAGGAAAAGCUAGAGAAGAACAACAGAGAAACAAAGAGGCAUGAAAACCAAAAGUGACAACAGUAUGCUGAAGCGAAAGCAAAGCUCGAGAGUAGAGGCCCAGCCCGUGACUGAUUUUGGUCCAGAUGAAUCAUUGUCUGAUAAUGCAGAUAUUCUGUGGAUUAAUAAGCCAUGGGUGCACUCAUUACUACGCAUCUGUGCAAUUAUCAGUGUCAUUUCCGUUUGUAUGAACACCCCGAAGACCUUUGAGCAUUAUCCUCCCCUUCAGUAUGUGACGAUUGCCCUUGAUACACUAUUGAUGUUUCUUUAUACUGCAGAGAUGAUUGCAAAAAUGCACAUAAGAGGAAUUGUCAAGGGAGACACUUCCUAUGUAAAGGACCGUUGGUGUGUUUUUGAUGGCUUCAUGGUGUUUUGCCUUUGGGUCUCCUUAGUACUCCAGGUAUUUGAAAUAGCAGAAGUAGUUGAUCAGAUGUCUCCAUGGGGAAUGUUGAGGAUUCCACGCCCUCUGAUAAUGAUUCGAGCUUUCCGCAUUUAUUUCCGAUUUGAGCUACCAAGAACUAGGAUAACAAAUAUUUUAAAGCGCUCAGGAGAACAAAUUUGGAGCGUCUCCAUAUUUUUAUUAUUUUUUCUUCUCCUCUAUGGAAUUCUUGGAGUUCAAAUGUUUGGAACUUUUACUUAUCAUUGUGUUACUAAUGACACACAGCCAGGAAAUGUGACUUGGAAUAAUCUUGCCAUUCCGGAUACGCAUUGUUCACCAGAUGGAGAAGGAUACCAGUGUCCCCGAGGCUUUAAGUGUAUGGAUCUGGAAAACCUUGGUCUGAGUAGACAGGAACUUGGAUACAGUGGCUUCAAUGAAAUUGGAACCAGCAUAUUUACUGUAUAUGAAGCUGCAUCUCAAGAGGGAUGGGUUUUCCUUAUGUACAGAGCAAUUGACAGUUUCCCCAGAUGGCGUUCAUAUUUCUAUUUCAUUACCCUCAUUUUCUUCCUUGCUUGGCUUGUUAAGAAUGUCUUCAUUGCUGUGAUUAUUGAGACUUUUGCUGAAAUUAGAGUGCAGUUUCAACAGAUGUGGGGUUCACGAAGCAGCACAACUUCAACUGCCACCACAACGAUGUUCCAUGAAGAUGCAGCCGGAGGCUGGCAAUUGGUUGCAGUUGAUGUGAAUAAGCCCCAGGGGAGAGCUCCAGCCUGUCUGCAGAAAAUGAUGAGAUCAUCCAUUUUCCACAUGUUCAUACUAAGCAUAGUUGCAGUGGACGUAAUUGUAGCUGCCAGCAACUACUAUAAAGGAGAAAACUUUAAAAGACAAUACGAUGAGUUCUAUCUUGCUGAGGUGGCGUUUACCGUACUAUUUGACUUGGAAGCUCUAUUAAAGAUAUGGUGUUUAGGCUUCACAGGCUACAUUAGUUCCUCUCUUCACAAAUUUGAACUGCUCCUUGUGGUUGGGACAACUCUUCACAUUUAUCCUGUGCUUUACCACUCACAAUUCACUUACUUCCAGGUUUUGAGAGUAGUUCGAUUGAUCAAGAUAUCACCUGCACUGGAAGACUUUGUGUACAAAAUAUUUGGUCCUGGUAAAAAGCUUGGAAGCCUGGUGGUUUUUACUGCUAGCCUUUUAAUUGUCAUGUCUGCAAUCAGCCUGCAGAUGUUCUGCUUUGUGGAGGAGCUGGACCGAUUUACCACAUUUCCUCGGGCAUUCAUGUCAAUGUUCCAGAUUUUGACUCAAGAGGGAUGGGUGGAUGUAAUGGAUCAAACUCUUAAUGCUGUAGGAGCUGUGUGGGCUCCCGUGGUUGCCAUUUACUUUAUACUUUACCAUCUUUUCGCCACAUUGAUUUUGCUGAGCUUGUUUGUGGCAGUUAUCCUGGACAAUUUGGAGCUUGACGAAGAUUUAAAAAAGCUUAAGCAGCUGAAACAAAGUGAAGCAAAUGCUGAUACAAAGGAAAAAUUGCCACUGCGUCUACGUAUCUUUGAAAAAUUCCCCAACAGGCCACAGAUGGUGAAGAUCUCUAAACUUCCUUCUGAUUUCACUGUACCAAAAAUAAGGGAAAGCUUCAUGAAGCAAUUCAUUGACCGGCAACAACAGGAUACUAGCUGCUUACUGAGAAGACUUCCCUCAGCUUCAUCCUCUUCUUGUGAUCAUUCUAAACGAUCUGGAAUUGAAGAAAAUAAGUACAUUGACCAGAAGCUGCGCAAAUCCGUUUUUAGUAUCAGAGCCAGAAACCUCCUGGAAAAAGAAACAGCAGUAAAUAAAAUACUCAGAGCAUGCACAAGGCAGCGCAUGCUGAGCGGUUCCUUUGAAGGGCAGCCUGCCAAGGAGAGAUCAAUCCUUAGUGUGCAACAUCAUAUACGACAAGAAAGAAGAUCACUAAGACAUGGCUCAAACAGUCAAAGAAUCAGCAGGGGGAAAUCUUUGGAAACCCUAACUCAAGAUCACUCUAACACCGUACGGUACAGAAAUGCCCAGAGAGAAGACAGUGAAAUCAAAAUGAUUCAGGAAAAGAAGGAGCAAGCAGAGAUGAAAAGAAAAGUACAAGAAGAGGAGCUACGAGAGAAUCACCCGUACUUCGACAAGCCACUCUUUAUUGUUGGUCGUGAGCACAGAUUUAGGAACUUCUGCCGGGUCAUUGUUCGAGCUCGAUUUAAUGCCUCCAAAACAGAUCCUAUUACCGGAGCAGUGAAAAAUACCAAAUACCACCAGUUAUAUGAUUUAUUGGGAUUGGUGACUUACCUUGACUGGGUCAUGAUUGUUGUCACAAUAUGUUCCUGUAUAUCCAUGAUGUUUGAAUCCCCCUUUAGGAGAGUAAUGCACACACCAACUUUGCAGAUUGCAGAGUAUGUUUUUGUCAUAUUCAUGAGCAUUGAACUGAACCUGAAGAUUAUGGCAGAUGGCUUAUUUUUUACUCCCACAGCUGUUAUACGGGAUUUUGGAGGAGUGAUGGACAUAUUCAUAUAUCUUGUCAGUCUGAUCUUUCUUUGCUGGAUGCCACACAGUGUUCCUGCAAAGUCUGGAACACAGCUUUUAAUGGUAUUGCGAUGUCUGAGACCUAUCCGAAUAUUCAAGCUGGUCCCUCAGAUGAGGAAAGUUGUACGUGAGCUCUUUAGUGGAUUCAAGGAAAUAUUUUUGGUAUCUAUUCUGUUACUUACGCUGAUGCUGGUGUUUGCCAGCUUUGGUGUCCAGUUGUUUGCAGGGAAGCUUGCAAAGUGCAAUGAUCCAACUAUUGAUACCCGGGAAAAAUGCCAUGGAAUAUUUAGGAUUAAUGUCAGUGUUUCUAAAAAUUUAAACUUGAAAUUAAAACCAAGAGAAAAAAAGCCAGGAUUUUGGGUUCCGAGAGUCUGGGCAAAUCCCCGUAACUUUAAUUUUGACAAUGUAGGAAAUGCUAUGCUGGCUUUGUUUGAAGUGCUAUCUUUAAAAGGUUGGGUUGAAGUUCGGGAUGUCAUCAUUCAUCGUGUUGGACCUAUACAUGGAAUAUACAUCCAUGUUUUUGUGUUUCUUGGUUGCAUGAUAGGCCUUACUCUCUUUGUUGGCGUGGUGAUUGCCAAUUUCAAUGAAAACAAGGGAACAGCUUUGCUGACUGUUGAUCAAAGAAGAUGGGAAGAUCUGAAGAGCAGACUCAAGAUAGCUCAACCACUUCACCUCCCUCCUCGCCCAGAUAAUGAGGGCUUCAGAGCACGAAUGUACGAUAUCACACAACAUCCAUUUUUCAAGAGAACUAUCGCAGUCUUGGUCUUGGCGCAGUCAGUUCUUCUUUCUGUCAAGUGGGAUGUUGAUGACCCGUCGACUGUUCCUCUAGCAACCAUAUCAGUAGUUUUUACCUUCAUUUUUGUUCUAGAG